GCUCACCACGACGUUACACCAGGUCUAAUCAGUCAGUUUUUAAGGAGAAUUACAAAGAUGUCUGUCCUGCAGGAAAUUAAUCCAAAUGUGAAGAACAUGAGGCAGUCAAUGAGCACAGUGCUGCAGAGGAGAGCAAACCAGCUCAAGAAGGAGCUCGCACAGGGAGCGAGGAAGCCCUACAAAGAUGUCAUAGACGUCUCCUGGGGUGACCCACACAGGGCAGGAGUGAAGCCUUUGUCAUUUGUCAGACAGGUUCUUGCAGCGUGUCUCUACCCGCAGCUUAUUAACAGCGACAAACUGCCACUGGACGUCAGGCAGAGGGCCCAGAGGCUGCUUGGGCAAUGUGCUGGGGGGAGUGUAGGUUCAUAUACUGCAACAGCGGGCAUAUCUGACAUAGUCCACAGAGUCUCUGAAUUCAUAAGGAAACGAGACGGUGGGGUUCCAGCUCACCCGGAAAACAUAUACAUCUCCCCUGGCUCACAGUGGUCACUCACGAAUAUUCUCAAAGUCUUGGUGAAUGCGGAGGCUUCACCCAGACCAGGUGUGUUGAUUCCAGUGCCAUGCCACCAGACGACAAUCCUGUCCAUAGAGGGUCUGGGGGCAGCUGUCAUCCCCUACUACCUGAGGGAGGAGCAGUGCUGGUCCCUGCAGGUAGAGGAGCUACGGCGUGCGCUGGAAUCCACAAAGAGUGUCUGUAACCCUGUCGCUCUGUACGUCAUCAACCCUGGAAACCCAGCAGGUUAUGUUCAAAGCAGGAAAUCAAUGCAAGAGGUGAUCCAGUUUGCUUCAGAGAAGAGGCUCUUCCUUCUGGCCGAUGAGGUCUAUCAGGGCUGCGUUUACGGGGAAAACAGCGAGUUUGUCUCCUACAAAAGGGUUCUGGCUGAGAUGGGGCCUCCUCUUUCGGACACCGUGGAGCUGGCCUCCUUCCACUCGGCAUCCAAAGGCUUCAUGGGAGAGUGUGGACUGCGCGGUGGGUAUGUAGAGCUAGUAAAUGUGGACCCCACCGUUAUGAAAUACAUCUACAAACUGUUCUCCAAAGACAGCUGUGCGCCAGCGUUGGGUCAGAUCGCCCUGGAUCUGAUGACGAACCCGCCGCAGCCAGGAGACCCCUCCUACCCCUUGUAUGAUCAGGAAACAAAUCAAAUCCGAACGGCGCUGCUUGAAAACGUGAAGAGAGCCUGCGAGGUUGUCAACAGCCUGCCGGGUUUCAGCUGUCAACCAGUGGAAGGAGGAGUUUUCGCAUUCCCAAGAGUGUUUCUCCCACCUAAAGUCAUUCAGAGAGCCAAGGAAGUAGGAAUGCAGCCAGACACAUACUACUGUAUGAAACUCCUGGAGGAGGUCGGGCUGUUGUUCAGUCCUGGUUGUGAGUUCGGACAAAAGGAGGGCACGCUCCACAUCAGAUUUUGCAUCAUGACCCCUCGGGACACCAUGGAAGAAACCCUGAGACGCCUGACCAGUUUUCAGACGAAGUUUAUGAAGGAGUUUUCUUAGAAACAAAUUAAUGUUUUAUCUCAUUUUUAAAUAAUUCAACGCAGGCAAUAAAACAAUCAAAUAGU